UUUGCAGGCUACCUGGCAGGCGCCGAGGACUAUUACACACAUAGUCAUUGUGACUAUCGCAAUGCCGCAUUAUGUGGCAAUGACUUACGUAACAAUACAAAGCCAGUGUUCACCGAGAAUGGUCACUAUUCAACGCAUCUGUUUACGGAGAAGGCAAUUGAUAUCAUCCAGAAGCAUGACAAGUCGAAGCCAUUCUUCUUGUACCUGGCGUAUCAAUCUACACACACUCCCCUCCAGGUCCCCAGCCAAUACAUGAAUCAGUACAGCCACAUCAACGACACGAAAAGGCGAACCUUUGCUGGCAUGUCCACAUGUAUGGAUGAGGGGAUCGGAAAUGUCACCGCAGCUCUCAAGUCUUCUGGCCAGCUAGCGAAUACUCUAAUUGUAUUUUCCGCUGACAAUGGAGGCGAGAUCCACGAAGGGGCAAACAACUGGCCGUUGAGGGGAAACAAGAACACAUUAUGGGAAGGAGGUUCACGGGCUGUGGGGUUUGUGUACGGCGACAUGCUGCAGAACAAAGGAACGACCAAUCACCAGAUGAUCCAUGUAUCUGAUUGGUUCCCAACACUGGUGGGUCUGGCUGGCGGGAACACCAAUGGAACAAAGCCUCUAGAUGGAUUUGACCAAUGGAAGACCAUCAGUCAAAAUAGCACCAGUCCAAGGACGGAGAUCCUACACAAUAUUGACCCCCUGACGAUGCCCAAGGGACAAAAGCUGUAUAACAACACCUUUGACACGCGGAUCAGAGCAGCAAUAAGAGUUGGGAAGUGGAAGCUCAUAACUGGAAAUCCAGGAGAGGGCAGCUGGACCCCACCUCCACAAUCCGGUGAGAAGCCGAUACAGGAACCUGUUGAUGCCUUGAAGAACCUUUGGCUGUUCGACAUACCAAAUGAUCCAAAUGAGCGCCAUGACGUGUCAGCGGCUAACCCAGGCGUUGUUAUGGAUCUGCUGAACCGAUUAGCAAACUACCAGAAAACAGCAGUACCCACUGUCUACCCUACCUCUGACCUCAUGGCUGACCCCAAACUACACGGAGGAUUCUGGGGCCCUUGGGAGUAACCGGAAUGUACACCCAGCCUAUCGUUUGUCGAAAUCAGGUGGACUGUUAUGAUAAAAAAUAUUUUCUAUUGUCCAGAGAACCAUCUGUUGUUCGAUAAUCCUAGACACAUAAAUUGAAUCCAUAACGUAUUCAUUCACGUGAAAGGUUUUCAGCAGCUGUUUAAAUGUAGGCAUACUAGUUAUUACUCGUAUUGAUUUAGAUGAUACUGUACCCAUCCUUUACUUGAAUAACUCUCCUGAAUUAAUUAUGUCCCAAACUUUUGGAUAAUAUUACUCAAACAGUAUUCAUUAUAAUGAAACACACAUCAGUAACAAUGAGUCUGUAUUAGAUUUAUGGAUUGAAAAUAGUCUUUAUUACUGAUAGCAUAUAACCAAAUAAUCUCACUUUUAUAUCAUGCAUGACCUAUAUCUACUUUUAAUAAACUGUAAUUAAAAAACUCUCAUUAAGUGUCGGUCAACAGAAAUGUCUAAACAUGUAGAUCUUGUUGUUGUACAAUGCAACCUUAAGUCUAAGUCUGUGUUAAAGUAUGGGAGUGCUUGUAUACAAUCCACAAUGCUAAAAUCGCUUUCUACAAUGUCACCCUGGUUUCGCAAGUCAUUUUAAAGAAUACCGGUUUGAAUUGCAGUGUAGGUUUACGCAGUGCUGUGGUAUAGACUUACAUAGACUUAUACACAGAGUCAUUUUAUCCACAAUGCAAAUAAGAUUUAGUCUUGGUCUUCUUAAUGAAACAUUUUCAAUGUACUACAGUCCGUUUGACUUCAUUAUAGACUGACAUUUGUCUCAUAAUUUUGGACACCCGAA